AUGGGUGGCUCAGUGUCCAAAUUAAUGAGCAAGAUCUUCGGAUCAAAGGAGAUGCGCAUUCUCAUGCUCGGUCUCGAUGCCGCCGGAAAGACCACCAUUUUGUAUAAAUUGCGACUCAACCAGGAUGUGACCACCAUCCCCACCGUCGGAUUCAACGUCGAGAAUGUUACCUACAAGAACGUCAAGUUCAACGUCUGGGAUGUGGGUGGUCAGGAUAAGAUUCGUCCAUUGUGGCGGCAUUACUACUCGGGCACCCAAGGUCUUAUCUUUGUGGUCGACUCGAGCGAUACCGCCCGCCUCAACGAGGCCCGAUCCGAAUUACACAAAAUCAUCAAUGACCGUGAAAUGAAAGAUGCACUACUGUUGGUGUUCGCGAACAAGCAGGAUACUCCAGGCCACUUGAGCCCCGAGGAGAUCACCAAUGCUCUGCAACUCAACAAGCUCAAGGACCGACUGUGGUAUGUCGUGCCUAGUGUUGCUACCGAAGGAACCGGUAUUUUCGAGGGAUUGGCUUGGCUUUCAAAUAACGUCAAGACCCCGGCUCCUGCCAAAUAA